AAGGAUGAAAGUCUGAAGCCAACAACUCACUCGAGACCUUCGUUGAGACCUGGAGGUCCUGAGUUAGGCGUUGAAAGACCGGAAGUUGGGGUGAAUCGUGCAGCUGCAGUCGUUAUAGUCGGCAUGUGUGGUGCAAGUGCAGACAGUACGUUGUGGUCAGCAGGACUGCUUGUCGUGAGCUCCGCCGAGAGUAUUGCAGCCAAAGUAGAUAUGCGCAUGAUGUCCGGAGGAGCCACGCCUCUGAUGAGCCGGUCUAUACCAGCGUGUUGGUCUCGAUAUAGCGAAGAUCCUGCUUUGACGAAGGUAACAGUUGUGCUCAAUGUUUCGGAGAUGCAAUCAAGCGACUGUUAUUCGUUACACAACUCGAUGUCAAGGUAGGUAUCGCUGGUGACAAUUCACGGACAAACGUAUACUCUCCGAGAAACGACAGACGAAAGAUGAUGCAGACCAAAAAGUAAACAAAGAGUGUGUCAAGUAGAGGUGACCGAGCUAAC